AUCCUCGCAGCAGGGAGCAGGCAGUGGGGAUGGCAGUCACAACAGUGCGGCGGCAGAGACACCCUCUGGCGAAGACUUCAGCCUCUCCUUGCUGGACACUAACUUACCAGCUGAAGCAGAGACUGAAUUGCGCAGUUUUAUUGCUAAGCGUCUUACUAAAGGAGCCCUGUUUGAAGGAAUGGGCAAUGUAGCAUCAGUGGGGCUGAGCAUACCAGAAUAUAAAGUUAGUUGUUAUUACUGUCGUUUUCAACAAGAAAAUCUUCUAGAAAUGGCAACACUGGAAUCAGACGUCAGUGCUCCAGAAUAUGUGGUUUGUUUCUUAGGUGGCUCAGAGAAAGGUCUAGAGCUUUUCAGACUUGAACUGGACAAAUACAUUCAAGGUCUGAAGAUAAGCCUUGGUUUGGAGGAAAAAAACUUGGAGACCUGUGUUAACCCCUACUUGAGGAGUUGGUUUGAGAAUGCCGUGUGUCCUAUUCAGAGAGUAGUACAGCUCUUCCAGGAGAAACUUGCCUUUUUGUUACAUGCUGCUUUGAGUUAUACUCCUGUGGAAGUAAAAAAUGCAGAUGAGAGAACAGAAAAAGACAUUAUCAGGUUUUUGGCAGCUGCCAGCCUCCAAGGACUUGUUCAGGAAGGCACCAUGACCUCCUUGUGUAUUGCCAUGACUGAGGAACAGCACAAGUCAAUGGUUAUAGACUGUAGUGGACCCCAGCCUCAGCUGCAUAAUGCAGGAAGCAACAAAUUCUGCGAGGACUGGAUGCACGCCUUUGUGAAUGGUGCUGAAGGCGGAAAUCCAUUUCUCUUCCGUCAGAUUUUGGAAAACUUUAAAUUGAAGGUACCUGUUCGUAUAUGUUCAAGAUUUGGAGAAGACGUCAGAGUUAUUGAGGGAGCAAAUACUCUUUUUGCAGCAAAGAAAACUUUUAGGUUGCUUGUGAUGUCUGUGUGUCAUUAG